AUGGAAGCCGCAAAAGAAGCCGUUCAAAAAGUCGUCCACCCAGCAUCUGGUGAUAAAGGCGGCACCACCCAAGACAAGCCUGGUCUUGAGCGAGACAUGGCACCAAAGCCUACCAAGGUCCACCUCCAGCACGCAGAGGAAGGGAAAGCCCCCUACAUCCCGUGUGGGAAGCUCAAAGGCAAGAAUGCCGUGAUUACUGGCGGAGACUCUGGAAUUGGCCGGUCUGUGGCAAUUCUUUUUGCCAUGGAAGGGGCCAAAGUGGCCGUCGUGUAUCUACCCGCCGAAGAAGAGGAUGCGCAGCACACAAAGGCCCAGGUAGAAAAGAAUGGAGGGGAGAUUGUUCUCAUUUCCAGCGACUUGAGCCACUCAGUCAACUGCACCGAUGUGGCAGAAAGGAUCAAAGCCGCAUUUGGCACGGUUGAUAUUCUAGUAAACAAUGCCGCUACUCGAAACGAAAAAGGCACCAUUUUCGACAUAUCCGAAGAACAAUGGGCUUCUACCUUUCGCGUUAAUAUCGAUUCCUACUUCUAUCUAACCAAGGCUAUUUUGCCUUUUAUGGCCAAGAACGGCUCCAUCAUCAAUAGCGCUUCGGUAGACUCGUAUAUUGGUGUUCCCAGCAGACUCGACUACGCCACUACCAAGGGUGCUAUUAUCGCCUUCACUCGCUCCUUGUCCAAUCAUCUGAUCAAGAAGGGCAUACGUGUGAAUGCCGUUGCCGCUGGACCAGUUUGGACCCCAUUGGUUGCUUCAGGUGUGGGAAAGUCCGGGCAGCAUGGACAUGGGUUGGGCAAUUGGACGCCAAUGGAUAGAAUUGGCCAGCCAGUUGAGAUUGCCACCAGCUACGUCUUCCUCGCGGCGAAUGACAGUCAGUUUAUGAGUGGACAGACACUACAUCCCAACGGAGGUAUUGUGGUGAAUGGCUAA